CACAAACAAAGACGACAAUGACAUCUGUGGUAUUGAUUCUCAUAAUCAUCUGAAUGUUAACAUUACAUUUUCUGGAAAGACCUGUCAAAGUUGGGGAUUACUAUCAUUCGAUGCGAAUUUAGAUUAUGUACAAAGGUUUGGGAAUCUUCCACUUCCGGUCACAUCUUCCAACUAUUGCCAGGAUCCAUCUUUGGACGGCGUUUUAUGGUGUUAUACUACUCAUUCAGAUAUACUGUGGGAACCAUGUUUUCUUCAACCACAAAUAGGUCAAGACGGUGUUGAAAGUAUGCAAACUGUUGGAAUUCAUCAACAUAGAUGUGACAAUGGGACUGCUAUAUCAGCAAUAAACAGAUGUGAUGGAAUAUUCGAUUGCGAAGACUACUCGGACGAGACUUCAUGUAGCGAUAUUAUCAAGGAUCAUUUCCUGCUAGAGAACAAAGACGUAAAUAGUGGUCAAAAUAUAUCAACACGACUUGAAAUUGGGUCCUACUAUCGUUGCGGAACAAAGGAAUGGAUUUCCAUUAUAGCUAAAUGUGAUGGUUCUAUCGACUGUUUAGAUGCUUCGGACGAACUAAAUUGCAACCGCACACACGGAAAUUGCAAUGAAAAUGAGUUUUCUUGCAAUGACGGCAGCUGCAUUCAUAUAAGUCAAGUUUGUGACUUUAUAAACGACUGUGACACUGCUGAAGAUGAAUUUUGUGAACAUAGACCGUGUGGAUUUGAUGAGUUUAUGUGUAUGAACAUGCAGUGUAUACCGAACAGCAAAAGAUGUAACGCUAUACCUGACUGUAAUGAUAAAAGAGAUGAACUGUUUUGUGAUUCCUGUAAAGAUUCAUUUCACUGUGACGGACACAAGUGUAUUCAACCUCGGCUGGUAUGUGAUGGAUUUCCCGACUGUAGCGGCCUAAGCGAUGAAAAGACAUGUUCACAUGACGAUGUAUCAUCCUGUGAACGAUGGUGGGAGAUAGGCUUUCGUGAAUCAGGACCAUAUAUCAUAGAUGGCGUCGCUGUUAACUGUGACUUUUCUUCUCUAAAUGCUAGCUCUCGAAGGAUCAAAAUGAGUAUCCACAACAUUGAUGUAACCUUUGAUUACGAUGGCGCUCUCUUUACUCGGUCUGCCGAUGAUCCUAAACUUCAGCUGAAUGAGUAUAAAACCGAUGGGAAUAAGUUCAGAAAUAUAAUUUACAGAGACGGCUAUCAGUGUGUUCUGCAGAUAAAAAGUGAUUGUCAUUUACCAGAAAGUGAAAUGUCUAAUGUUGAUGGUUCGUAUUCCAAUUGUCAAUGUACUAUUGAAGUGAUGAAGACUAAGAAAAUCACAUACAUGAAACCCGUUUAUGCAAGACAAUUUGGACAGUUUAGAAGAAAAAGAAAUCUGUUUAUGUCGAGGAGAGGACCGAAUUUUAAAAGGUACAGGUACAGACCUGUGAACAGAUACGUUUUCGAGAGCUUCAGCUUGACAAGAUGCAAUGGAAGUAAAAUGUUAUCAAACCGUGGCGUGUUCAAUAAUGUUUUCUACCGUAUCAAUGACACGGAAAGUUUUCAUGUUGAUAGAAGAAUAAUUCAAAAGGAAUUGCCUGUAGAUAUAACGGUUGGACCAAUCACCUGCAGCUACGAAUAUACAGAAUAUAAAAUAGACGAAAAGAUCUAUUGCGAUGGAGAAGAAAGGACGAUUCCUCGAUCUAUGCUAUGUGUUUAUGAUACUGACGCCUCUGACAUUCAAAUAGGAUGCAGAUCUGGAAGCCAUCUGCAAAAUUGUGGAAAAUUUAAAUGCCCGAAUAAUACAGUGAAGUGUCCAAAUAGCUACUGCAUUCCACUUAGAUUUGUAUGCGAUGGAAGCGUUCAUUGUCCUAGAGGGGAGGACGAACACAACUGCACUUGUACAGAUUCAGGGAAAGAAAUACUGAUUUUGAUAGAGAAGUCAUCCUUAAACAGCUUAUCAUUUCCUCUCAUGCUCUCGUUUGCAAGGCAGCUUUACAGUUCUGGAAGUAUUAUACGUCUGCUCUAUUUUGAGGCACACACAAGACUGAAAGGAUUCCCAUUGGGACUCUUGGAGAUAGAGGAAAGGCAUAUAAAUCCAUUUGCAACAAAACAAGUGGAAUAUCCAUGUAGUUAUAAGUCAAUGGCUAGAAACGUUCUACAAAGCAUAGCGUUUUCAAAGAGGAGAAUAAAAGGCAUCGUGUUUAUGGAGGACAGCAUAGUAUCCAGCAGAGUGGCAGAGAUAAUAUUUUCAAACCUUUCGAAGUCUGCGUUUCCCGUAUACCGUGUCUAUAAAACUCGCAACUCUUUACAUAGGAGAUCGAAUCGUUAUACACAUGUGACGGAUAUACCUGUAAAUAAAUGGAGGUAUUUGUCUUCUUUAGGAUACAAAAGAUUUCCAGAAAUAUGCAAAGUUGGAUCCCAGGUACCUUGUGCAGGAGGCUACAGGUGCUUGACGAGUAAACAGUGCUUACCACUAGAACAAUUAUGUGAUGGCAUUGUUCAAUGUGUCAAUGCCGAUGAUGAACGUCUGUGUGAUUUCAGCUGUCCUGAAAAAUGUAGAUGUGAUGGUCAAGUGAUAAAUUGUCGCUCUGUUAACUUUAAUGAAUCAGAAAUACGAGCCUUGCCGGUCAAAACGAAGAGUAUAGACCUCAGUCAAAAUCCAAACAUUCGUUAUAUAUUACGUCAUGGAAAACUUAACUUUCCUGUCAUGCUAAAACUAAACCUUUCUUCGUGUAAAAUCAAACAUGUACACAGUGAAGCACUCUCACAAAUAUACAAUCUCAGAUCUCUUGAUUUAGGAUACAAUGAAAUAACAAGACUACCACACAAAUUAUUUAGUAACUUAAUCCAUCUCACCGAAUUAAACCUUGAUGGCAAUUUCAAAUUAACUGUAAUAGAAUCAUCAGUGUUUCAUGGACUGAGGAGUAUCAGUAGUUUGCGAAUAACAGGGACAAAACUCAAGCUUCUUGCGGCUAACACUUUCUCUGGUUUGAAAUUAGAGUUUAUAAAUAUAUCAUACAACAAAAUUGAAGAGAUUGAAGAUUAUGCAUUCAGUAACAUUUCUGUACAAUAUAUCGACUUCUCAGGUAAUCAAAUUGUUAAGUUCAAUAAACAAAUUUUCGCCAAUGUUACUUCUCUACGACAACUGCGUACGCCAGCUUUUAAAUUCUGCUGCAUACGCCCAUGUUACGUUGAUGAAAAGGACUGUUUCCCAACCAAAAAUGAAUUUUCUUCAUGUGGAGACCUAAUGAGACACCCAGUGCUACAGUCAACAUUGUGGAUUGUAGGAAUUCUUGCAUUAUUAGGAAAUCUCGGAUCAAUCAUCUAUCGCCUUGCCUAUGAUCGCGAAAGGUUGAAGAUAGGUUACGGAAUAUUUGUGACGAAUCUAGCUGCAGCAGAUUUUCUCAUGGGUGUGUACCUCAUCAUUAUAGCAGCGAUAGAUUCUAUGUACCGUAAAAGGUACAUAUAUCUAGACGAGCAAUGGAGAAACAGUAACCUUUGUACAAUUGCCGGUAUUUUGUCCACGGUGUCUUCGGAGGGGAGUGUCUUGUUUCUCUGCCUUAUUACUUUGGACAGACUUCUGGUUAUCAAAUAUCCUUUUGGAACAAUGAGAUUUGGACCGAGGCGUGCAUACAUUUGUUGUUGCAUCUCUUGGAUCAUUUCCUUUUCAAUAGCGUUGUUUCCUGUGAUUUACACCGGCUAUUUUGAAAACAGGUUUUAUUCUAGAUCCGCUGUAUGCAUUGCCCUACCGUUAACAAGAGAUAAACCACCCGGUUGGAUUUAUUCUGUUUCAGUAUUUGUUGGGUUGAAUUUCUGCACAUUCAUUCUUGUGGCGCUAGGUCAGAUGUUCAUUUUUCUUGAGCUUCGAAAAACGACCAGUGGACUUAAGAAAACACAGAAAUCGAGAAAAAGGGAUCUACAGGUAGCUAGGAACCUGAUCCUGGUUGCAACAACUGACUUCCUCUGUUGGUUUCCCAUUGGACUAAUGGGAAUUUUGGCACUAACUGGACAUCCGAUUUCUGGUGAUAUUUAUGCGUGGACGGCAGUGUUCAUUUUACCAUUCAAUUCGGCAUUGAACCCUUUUCUCUACACACUAACAGCAAUAAUUGGAAAAAAGAGUUUUAACCCAAGUACAGAGGAACAGAGUAGAGCAGAAGUCCAGAGAGAGGUUGGUUCGGGGAUUAUGCGAUACAGGCAAAUAAGCCGCAGUGUACGGAUAAAAUGCGAUCUGGUACCUGUGGGUAAUAUUCGCAGUGUAGAAGAUAUACUGAAAAGUGAUACAACUAUUUCCAUCGCCCACCUUACUGUGAUUGCCGGCCGGCUUGCAACAUUCUUACGGGAGACGCACGAAUCAUCCAUCGCUUUGGAGAAGUUAAAUGAAACAAAUACUUAUCUGAGAAUUGAUGAAACAAAGAGAAAGAGAACAACAGUCGUUAUUGACUCGAAGACGGUCCUCACCUCUGACAAACGAUUAUUUCAUGAAAACAUGUAUCAGUACGGAAUUCUUCUUCGAAAACUUAUUGCACAGUGUAAAAAGUGAAUGCCGAUGAAUAAUUUUUGAAAGUUUAGGAUUUAUUGAUGAGUUUUAUGGUAUUAACUGAAUCUUGAUGUUUCCUUUUAAAUGAGGAAGCAAAUUUAACUUAAGAUGUUGAACUGAUGAUUAAGUAAGCCAUGUUUCAUAGUGUUUCAUUACAAUAUUAUUUUAUUUUUAAACUUUCUUUAAUAUUUCAAGUUGAACAGUAUAUAUAUUCAGAUUUGAUUUUGAAAAUUAUAGAUAUUGUUUGUAUCAAGAUUCAGAAGCUAUCAAACGUUCGUGGAAAUAUUAGUACGGAUUUAUUUUUAUUUUUUUAUGAAACAGUGGAUAUGUUUUAAAUGUUUCCAAAUAAAGAUAACACAGAGUUACAUACUUUCAAAUAAAAACAACACGGAGUUAUAUGCCUAGUAACAUAAUCGGCGUAUUCAAGGACAGGUUUGGAUUGGCUGGUUUCUGAUUUAUUUGAAUGUGACAGACAAAACUACACUCAGAUUGUGUGCGUUAGUUAUGAUAUUGACUUCGUUCGUUUUCGAAUUGUAUCUAUUAUAUGUUCGUGUUUUAAAUUCCUUUGUUAUUGUAUAAUUUUUGUUGAAAUUAAUGUUGAAAAUCCUAAACACCAACACUUUAUUAUCAUACAAUCUGUUUUUUCUAUAAUAUUAACCGUCAAGAAAUCGUAGUGUGUGUAAAUAAUUUGUUUGUGAACUAGUGAUCUAUUACAGUAACUUUUGAACUGUUUGCUUUGUGUGUAGAUUUGCAUGCCAUUUUCCGAUGGUGGUUUCAGUUUGUCUGUCUUUCCGUCUGACUGUCUGUCUGUCUGUAGACACAAUCUUGUGUGAACCAACUCUCCUCAUCCCAUCGACAGAAUCUAAUAAAACUUCACACAAAUGACCAGUAACAACAGUAGUUGUGCUUAGUGCAUGUCAUGUUCAGGGAAAAAAUUGCAGAGUUAUGGGACUUUGUUUUUUGUAACUAUACUAUAUACAUUGAGUUUGUAUAUGCAGUCUUGACACAAUUGAAUGAAACUUCACACAAGUGAUCAGCAACAACAGUAGUUGUGUAUGGUGCAUGUUAGGUUCUUUCAGAACAAACAAUUGCAGAGUAAUAUAUACUAUAUACAUACAGCCUUCUUGUGCAAGCUUGUGCUCGCCUAAUCUCCCGAACCCUUGCACACAAUUGAUGAAACUAUACAAAAGUGAUCAGUACCAACCGUAGUUGUGCAUGGUGCAUGUUACCUUCUUUAAGAUAAAUAUUCUACAGAGUUAUGGAACUUUGUUUUUGUUACUAUGUUAUAAACAUAGUAGUCUGCAUAUACAAUCUUGUGCGCUUAAUCUCCAAAACCAUUGCAUACAAUUUAAUGAAACUUCACACAAGUAAUCAGUAGCAACCUUACUUGUGCA